UUGGGUAGAGCUUUGGCUCCCUCUCCUUUGUGGAUCGAUACAAGGAGACAGCGUAUCCCACGGCACCCCCCGAAGGUCUACAGUGGGGUUCCCCCCUCAAGGGAGAUCCUCCAGUAAGACCCGGGACUAGGGAGCCACAGGGAAAGGCGAACCGCGAUUAGGCGAGCCGGCUUGCACCUUGUGAAGGGCGGCGCGGUACUCUCCCCAGCCUCACACACAUCAAAACUUAAGAAUUGGAGAAGAGAGAAAGAGAGACUAGAGGAAGAAGGAACUGCACUGACGGGUAAGAAACAUCGUUUGACUAUACUACAUUACAUUAUUUGGAAAUAAAACUAAUGAGACUAAAUCUGGAGCAUUGAGGAAGAAAGAGAAAAUAAGAAAUAAGAAAAUAGGAGUGGCGGGAAUGCCGGAGGCUCGUUGGGGAUAGAGGAGCAAGAGAAAAAGAAGAAAGAGGUCUAACAACUCAAUUAAAGAGAAUCCUGGACUUGGGAAAGAAACAUUUUAAUAAUAACAGGACAAUAAAGAAUAAGUACCCGAGUUGAGAAAGAGUUGGCUGGGCGGUUUAAAGCCUAACUUAAAAGUUUGGAGCAACUAACGGUUGAAGGUAUCUAAAUUAUUAAAUUAUUUGUAAAGACACUAAAAACCGGAGGAUCAAUAACUUUAUAAAACAGACAAAAUAUACAAAAUAUACAAAGGGAAAGAGAACGAAAAUGGCGACGACAACCCACUGACCUUGGAAACGCUGUUCCUGGAAAGAUAAGAUAAGGAGAGACUCGGAGGGAGGGUUUGUCGAACGGCGGCUUGGAAAGUGGAGAAAAGACAAAGAGACGAGAGAGGGAGGAGUACUGUUACACCCCGCGAGGGGAGGAGAAGAGCGAGAGGACUGGAGGAAAACGGAAACAGAAAGGAAAGAUAGGAAGGCAACCCCCCGGAGGAAGGAUUGUGUGGUCAGAAACAAACAACAAUAAAGACAAUAACAUUACAACUAAACAGAGCAAAGAAUCAGGAAGUUUGUUGAAGUGAGGGAAAGGAAGAGCAGCAAAGGAAAGACUAACAAACUCCCAGAGAGGGGAGAGGGGGCUGUGAUAAAGAACGGAGGAGGCAAAGCCAGGGCUGCGAGAAGGUGCAGAGGUCGUUGCAUCUGUCAUCCCCAGGGAAUCAGACUAGAGAGGGGAGAGGCAGUAAAACAUUUAUCUUAAGGAGAUAAUUCUGGAAAGCAAUUUAUUGGAGAAGUUAAAUAAAGUUCAAAUAAAGUUUCAAAUAAAGUUCAAAUAAAGUUUCAAAUAAAGAGAUCCAGACUCCUGAAUCUACUGAGAAGGCAAAUUAAAUCAAAGAGAAAAUGGCAUAUAAAUUAAGAGACAGAGACAAUAAAGAACCUAAGUUACAGCAAAAAAGGUCAUCCAUUUCGGAGGAGCCUAGCAUAAGAGACAUGACGGAUUCAAUUCUGAAAGAACUGCAGAGAAUGCAAGAGAAGCAGGACGCCUAUCAAAAGUUAGCACAAGAACAAAUGUUAGAUUUUAAGAAGGAAAUCAAAGAAGAGUUAAGAACAAUGAAGCAGGAAAUAGGGACAAUAAAUCAAGAAUUAAAAGAUUUAAAACAAGAGAAGGCUGAAAUCAGAAACUCACAGGACAAAUUACGUAAGGAAGUACAACAGUUGGAUUCGGAGACGGGCAAAAUCAAAUCAAGACAAGAACAGUUUGAGGCAAAAGAGCUAGAAUACCAACUAAGAUUUCGCAACGUUUGGGAGGAGGGGAAGGAAAAUAUAAGAAGAAUCAUAAUUGAAAUCAUAGCAAACAUCCUAAAUUGUUCAACGGACGAAGCGGAAGAUAGAACGGAUAGAAUCUAUAGAAUAAAUACAAAUUAUGCAAAAAAGAACAAGACACCAAGAGACGUAAUAGUGAACUUCACAAAAAAGAUAUACAGGGAUGAAAUUUUAAAAAUAAAUAACAUGAAAUUAAUAUCCUUCAAAGGAGAGAAAAUAGUGAUUUUGAAAGAAUAUCCGACGGAGACCCUCAACAGAAGAAGAAAAUAUCAAUUCCUAGCAGAUGAAUUAAAAAAGCAUAAAAUAAGAUUCAGAUGGGAAAAGACAGAGGGGUUAAUGACCACAUAUAAGGGAGAGAAAUAUUGGAUUACAUCAGAGGCGAAAGCAAAAAACUUUUAUAAAAAAUUGAAGAAAGAAUUAGAAGAGGAAGAGAAAUCGGAGGAAGAGGAAUACUCAAAAAACUUUAGACCUUGUACAGAGAUAUUUAAAAAGAAGACAGACGACCAAUACUUCCCAGAACACCGCACUAAUGUAAAGAAAGACCAAACUACUCAGGAGGAGGAGGAGGAGGAAGGCA